AUGAGCGUGAAUUGCAUUAAAUGUAUGGACAUAUUUUCUUCCAAUUUAGGAUUUGGUUCGUUUUUGUUUUCUUUCGUUCCAUUUUUCAUUCAUCUUUGUUUUUUUUGUUUUAUUUUUUACUUGUUUUUCCUUUUUGUCAGCGUCGUUAAAUUUAUAUUUAUCGUACUUUUCUUCUUUUUGGCUUUCUUUAUUCUUCCUUUCUUCUUCAUCUUUUUGAAUUUCUUUUUUUUUUUUUUCUUGAUUUUUUUUCUUCUUGAUUUCUCUAUUCUUCAUCUUUUUCUUCAUUCUGCUUAUUUUUUUCUUCGGGAUUUUCUUUAUUUCCCCUUCUUUUUUCUUCACCUUCAUGAAUUUCUUCAUUUUCUUGAUAUUCUUCUUUUUCCUUUCUUGACUUUUUUCUUUUUUAUGACUGUCUUUGUCAUCUUUAUGGCUUCCUCCUUCUUCAUCUUGAAUUUAUUCGUUUUUUUUUCUUUUCUUGACUUCUUCUUCAUGAUUUUCUUUGUUUUUCCUUUUUUUCUUCAUGAUUUUCUUUAUUUUCCCUUUCUUCAUCAUUAUGGCUUCCUCCUUCUUCAUCUUGAUUUUCUUCGUUCACUUGACAUUCUUCUUUUUCUUUUCUUUUCUUGA